UUGAACUGUAUAUGUGCAGGUUGUAAGGAACUGGUCACAGUGGCAAGGGCUUCACUUUUUUAUUCGAAGACUGGAAUCAUGAACGAGUACGUAACGCAGCACGCACUCCUACCACUUUGGGGGACAUUCUCAGCGUUCACGUGGUUACCGUCCACAAGCACAUUCUCUCGGAGUUUGCCGCAAAGUCAGCAUUCGUCAUUUUGAGUAAGGUAUGCGGAGACCCGACCGGCAGAUAAUGCAAGUGUCAAGGGAGGUCACGGCUGGGAUGAAGGAGGGUUUCCAGGAAACGCUCACUACGGGCUGAGAGAAUACAGUAGUUGCUGCCUUCUAAGCUACUUGUGCCUUCCUGUUACCGAUCCCAAGGCCAAAUCUUACAAGGCAAUAAGGAUUUCCAACAGUCCAUCCGCGUUUGUGCCUUAAAGCGAAUAACAAAUACGAACAGUGUAACGAGAAUGUUCCUAAUCUGUGAACACAGAUGGUCUAUUGGAAUGCCUGAUUGCCUUGUCGAGACCUGUGUUGGUCAACUCGCCACUGGUGUGUACACAAAUGGUUACCGACAGUGAACCACAAACCAGGGACAACUCACAGAAAACUACAACAACAGUAGCAAGCGUACGAGAGACCGACUUCACAAGUUCUCCGGGAUUAGGAGAAGCUUUUCCAUGUCUACUCACCCUUCCCCUAUUUCGAAGGAGUGGUGAUCGAGGUGGCCAGUUGUGGGGUCUGCAUGGUGCAUGUCCUGUCGCUAUCGACUCGCAGCUCCAAGACCGACCACAUGAUUGUUAGCUGGUACUCGAAGUCAUAUGGGCCAUGCAGUGCAUCGACACAAUCUAUGUAAGGUCUGCAUGGAACUUUUGUUUCUUCACCAGAUCUUUCAACAGUUGACGACAAUCGUUGUGUAGCGUCAAGAGGAAUACAUUAAACUAUGCUCAGAUCAUAUGAAUAUAACAAGUGCCGCACCGGUAUCUGAGUCCCGCGUCGAGGGCUCUAGGCGUAGAUAUCAGAUUACAGCAAUCUAUCUCUUCUUUUGCACCCACUGUACUCUAAACAAAAGUGACAAUCGGCCGAGAAUGCAAAAGUGGCGAGAUCAUUGCGUCUACUCCACAGGAGCAGCACCGUGGAGAUCCAAAGAGUCUUCUGCUUCUUCCUGUGCUGAUUCAUGGAAUGGUCGAUGAGAAACCACGAGUGAUGGAAUCAAUUACUUCGACACAGAAUUCCUUCUCAUGAGCUGGGAAGGACUCAGGAGAACAGGAUGCACUGCUUUCCAGGUGUUGCAAGCACCUGGAUCCACCGAGUAGUGUUUCCUUCCUCUCUUGACAGAGUUCCUCGACUCGAUGCAUUGUCACAGCACUGCAGGAUUCUCGAUGCAUUUGAAGCUUUUUAAGAUCCGAGUGCCAACAGAAAAUACCUGGUUGGAUGCAUGGAUGGAUGGAUAAUAUCAAGCAAGAUGCCUCUCUCUCACAUGGUGAUCCAAUCCAUCGAUCGAUGCAUGGGGUGGAAAGUAGGCUAACGAAACGCACGUCCCUUCAUGGAUUCCAUGGCCAGAUUCGCCAAAACUACGAAACGUGACUCUCAGAUGAAAACAAACGGCAGCUAGAGCUGGCCACGCCAGGGCUUGGACAUUCCACCCUCGGCGAGGCCUUGUGUCCAUGUGUAAACGUGUAGAACAGUUCGUCGCAGCGAUUGACUUCAGAAUCACAGCCGCAAGAGCUGGUGGCCCGAUGCGGAUCUCGGAGGAUAUCCCUCCGGGGUGCCGGCCCCAGAUUCGGAUCCCGAAGCAUAUCCACUUUCGGUUCCCUGAACAUUUUCGUUACACGGGCCCAUCCAACAUUUCGUGCCAGAUCUGUGCCCCAGAGCGCUUGGCCCGUAGCUUCCGACGUUGGCCCGACCUGACACACUCUAACGCCACAUGACUGGAGCCGGGACCAGGUCGUGUACAGUUCAGUCCGGAAAGGCUAGAAUCAGCAAUCCCGCAAGGUGACGACAAAUCUGUAGCUUGUGACGCAAUUGGAGGUCCCAGGGGUGACACACUCGGGCUCGUGCUCGAGUACAAGUUUGUCAGAUUGGUGUCCGGGUUGUAUGCAGUUUGCCCACUAUCGGAUUCUGAUAGACCACGCCUCGCGAGUUCUGCGAGCUUAGUCAUGGAUUUCAAGCCCCAGGCAGCAACGCUGGCUGCUGUCGAAGUUUCCGGUCGGUGUGCGCAGCUGCAGCUCGUCGGCUGAAAUCGGCUCACUCUGAGCCUGCUGAAUCUUCGAGACCACACGUCCUGACACGAGUAGGCCUCAUGAUAGUUGCUUCCGUUCCGGCUGGCUGCGUCGAAUUCCCGGUGACCUCAGCUGCGGCCACUAGAGGCAGCUUGAACGGCAAUCUAGCAGCUCGUUACUCUACGGCACCGAGAAAGUUUCAGAGAUCUGGGGGACGAGGGCGGUCCGCCCUCUGUUGACUUGAUGGUCAGACAUUGCUUCGAUUUCUUAGCACAUGAUUCGAAAUUUAUUCCUUUAUAUCUUUAGAUAAGAGCAGUUACUGUUAAAGAGUUGGAUUUACUAUGGCCAAGUGCAAGCUUGUCAUUUCCGGAUGCCAAAAUUCUGACUCGAAUAUCCGUUCACAAGGAAUUUUGGAUCCGGAAUUAAUGAACUUGCGCUUGGCUAGGAUAGUAAAUCCAAAGAUCAAUGACGGCCAACGCCUCUUUUCUUCUCAUCCGACGUAGAAUCUGCCUGCUCCAGAGUGUCCUACAAAUUUUUCUAGUUCCUCACAGUUUCGCCAGUUGCUGCCUGCUGCUCGUGAAAGCAGACCCCGUUUGGGUCUUGGAAAUGCACCGUGAUUGCUGUGGAUGUGAAGAUUGAUGCUGCGAGCUCCAAGUGUGAGCAUUCUCUUGACUCCUCUCGGUGACUCUAACGCAAGCAUCCAAAGGCUCAGCGCUGAAGACUGGGACUUGCUUCGGUAGGACGGAGGCCCUGCCUCUUGUACAGGGUGGGUAUUGUCCGGUACAGUUGUGGAAAUGACUGAACGAAUGUUUCCAUCUCAAUGCUUGCGAUGAGUAGCUUUGACUCGGUUCUUCAUGCGAAACACCAUGGAUUCUUGCUUGCUGGACAUCUUGCAGGGUUUAUGCUCAUGUCUUCUGCAGAAUGAAUCGAAUGGAGAAUAUCCACUGUUGUAUGGAUACUCCCGAUGGUGCAACUUGAUGUCAAACUCCUCGAGGAUCUGGAAAAGUUGUUGUGCAUGAGGAAUUCGUGCUUGCGUGAUAUUGGAUGAGGCGCAUGGCUGGAAAGUCAGAAGCGCGAGCACAAUGAUUUCCACUAAGCCGAGAACAGGCCGGCAAUUGUGUAUGGCAAUCACUUGUGUUUGUGAGCUAUAAGGAGCGCGGUGAACUCCUUACUGCAUUUCUAUCUCUGACCUCGUGGGAAUUCAGAAACUAUAUUGAAUUUCUUGGACUUCUAUCUCGUGUAGCGAUAGCUGUGAUCGUGAAGUGUGAAGGGUGAAUGUAGACUAUCGCUUCGAAAAUGUUGAGUGAUCAUGAAUUCUCCUGUGCACAAGUCGCUUGAUCAAUAAUUCUCGCUUUGCAUUUUUCAUUACCUACGCCACGAGAUUAUUCCAGUCACAUGCUCUCCGCUCACUCCAUUUACUUCGAGCAUGCCACAGGUCUUGCAGUUCUCCUUGGUUGUGAUGAGAAAACAUGCCCUAGAACGUCUCGAAAGUGGAUACAGUGACGCCAACGAUCUAGCAUGCACGUGCACGAGACUGAUCGAAGCACCUUUGACAGGUUGUUUGAUGAUCUCACUUGCUUGCUUCUGGUAAAUAAAUUCUAGGACUAGAAAUCAGAGUAGCGUUGGAGUACCGUGGCUGAGAAUUGUGCUGUUCAUGUAAGGUGUAGAUGUAUAUCCUUAUUUUCAGAAAAAGUUCCCCGUUUGUAAGAGGCCGAAUUUCACACCCGAUUGCUCUUCUUGGUGACUAUC